UACGCGCAUCCAAACAGUCGAUUUACAGUCAGUAGCAUUCGCGCGUUCCUCGAGCAAUCAUGAGUAACGGUGAUCUCGUCAAGUCGUACGAGGACGCGAGUGACUACAGUAUUCAAUUGAAUCGUUGGCUUCUGAAACUGGUAGGCGCGUGGCCAAAUUCAACCACCACGACAGUCAAGGAGAAAGUGACUUCGAUAAUACUGAUAAUUAUCGGCUACUCCCUGAUAGGUUUCACAGUCAUACCAUGUAUCCUAAACAUUCUGUUCGAAGAGACCGAAAUGGAGAAAAAGUUAAAAGCCGUGGGCCCGUUAAGUCACUGGUGCAUGGGCGGCGUGAAUUAUUUCUCUCUGCUGUUUCGCAGCCGUCAAAUACAUCGUUGCCUGCAGCACAUGCGGGCCGAUUGGCGGACGGUGACGGAGAUCCAGGACCGGCAGGUGAUGCUGCGAUACGCCAAAGCCGGCCGCUUCGUCGCCGGGCUGUGUGCGAUCUUGAUGCACGGCGGCGUGUUCUCCCACAGCCUGAUACAGGGCACCGCGCCGGCAUACGUGAUUAUCGACAACGUGAGCGUGUCGGUGCACAUAUUACCAUGUCCGUCGUUCAAAAAGUUCAUGGACACCACGCAAAGCCCGACCGGCGAGAUCGCGUUGACGGUGCAACUCAUCUCGACCUUUGUCGUCAAUUCCGUCACGGCCGGCGCCUGUAGUCUCGCGGCGGUGUUCGCGAUGCACGCGUGCGGCCAGUUGAACGUACUGACGCGGUGGCUAGACCAGCUGGACGAUCAAAAGCAGCAAGACACGGUGCAACGUCAAUUGGCGAUCAUCGUCGAGCACCAUCUAAGAGUGUUAAGCUUCGUGGCGCAGAUGGAAGCACUUUUAAAUCAGAUAUGUUUUGUGGAAUUACUAGGAUGUACGUUUAACUUAUGUAUGCUCGGAUAUUAUAUUCUUACGGGAUGGAACGCAAUGGAGAAAAGAACGUCAAUAUGUUAUAUGAUCAUAUAUGUAUCCAUGGCUUUCAACAUUUUUAUAUUCUGUUACAUUGGCGAGACAGUCACAGAGCAGUGUAAACAAGUAGGUGAAACGGCCUACAAGACUAACUGGUAUCGUUUGCGACAUAAAACGGCUCGUGGACUGAUUUUAAUUAUCUCCCGGUCGAGUACCGUGAUCAAAUUAACUGCAGGGAAAUUAGUUCAUCUUUCUAUUGCAACUUUCGGUGACGUGAUAAGAACCUCCAUGAUAUAUCUAAACAUGCUCCGGACCAUGACAAAAUUUUUGACUUUCCAGAAUUGGAGUGACUUUGAUGCAGCAAAAAUAACAUCGUAUAUUAUCGUAUACUUAUCUAUGGCUUUCAAUAUUUUUAUAUUUUGUUACACCGGUGAGAUUCUCACGGAACAGUGUAAACAAGUAGGUGAAACGGCUUACAAGACUAACUGGUAUCGUUUGCCACAUAAAACGGCUCGUGGUCUGAUUUUAAUUAUCUCCCGGUCGAGUACCGUGAUUAAAUUAACUGCAGGGAAAUUAAUUCAUCUUUCUAUUGCAACUUUUGGUGAUGUGAUGAGAACCUCCAUGAUAUAUCUAAACAUGCUCCGGACCAUGACAGUUAAUGCUUAGAGAAUAAUAGUUACACAAUUUUGUACAAAGAGCUAGCAAAUUUUCUAGUUAUCACCAUAACUUCGUAUUAUAAUCGAAUAAUUGUACAAAUUAUUAAUAAAAUACGAAAUA